GAACGUCAGAAGCAGUGGAGUCAGCAUUACUGCAGUCACUGAGACACACCUGGAGUGCUUACUAAAAGAUCUUGGUUUACAACAGUACUACACAGAGAAACUGUCACUGAGCAAAAUACUUGAGAUUGAUAAGAUGACCAUCACUGAUGAACCUGCCAAGAGUAACUCAGACUUUCCAUGGUAUUUUCUAAAGAAACUGAUGAUGGUUAAUGUGGCAGCUAGGAAUAUGAUAUGUACAUCGGAUUGUGAGUCUGAUGAUGAAUCAGGGAAUGAAGAGGAUUCUGACAGUUUAAACACAGAUGACAUGCCAAACCCACUUGACAUAAUCACUGCUCUCUUUCUGUGUUCUGAUGGUUUUGUACAGCAGGAAAUGGCACUAAAAAUGUCCACAUAUCAGUUCUCUGUUCCUUUGCUGCUUCCUAAUUGUGACACCAAUCAGUGCACACUCAUGCUGUGGGCCAUGAGAGACAUUGUUAAAAAGUACAGACCUCAGUCUCUGUCAGAAUCCAAGGGCUUCAUUGAAGACAGAAUCGUUCUCUCUGAACUUCCAAUGAUCUCUUUUGUCAGACUGGGUGAGUGCUCCUCAUCCAAGUCAGAGAUUCUCAAUAAGCUUCUGAGCAAUUCUCAGCAGUACCAUGACACCUUUGUUCACUACAACAUGGAGUGUGGUGACAGGCCAAGAACAAUGUCCAACGGACUGACUGAAAUUACUUGGUAUCUUCCUGGUGGAAACACAAACAUUGAUAUUUUCAGUCAGCCAGUGGCUGUAGCUAACCUUCAUGGGGACAUUGCUUCAUUUGAAACACAAUACUCCUUUCUGUGUCAGACAUCUGCAGCAGUUUUUGUGUUCUUUGACCAGCUGGACUCUGAGUGCAGUCUACUUACCAAACAACACCACAAGGCACAGAUCUUCUUGGUGGGCAACGGUGAGAGCAACGGCUGCACUUUAGAAGCUUUAAAUGAAGUGGAAACUAAGUUGGGCUUAACUAAGAACAAUAUCAUUAUUAGGAAAAAGCAGAAAAAUGAUGCAGAGUUUGUAAAAAAAUUGAGGCAAAAAGUUAGAAAUGUGAUUAAGAAAUCGAAGAACAUGACAAUAGAGCAGAUGGCAGACGUUGCCCAUGAACUGGGAAUCCUGGUUGAUGAAGACUCUCCAGAGUGCCAGAGUGCAAAGAAAAAUGCUGAAGCCAUCACUGCUGAAAUUCAAGACAUCCUUAAAUACAAAGAAGAUCACCUUCCUCGGCAAGGUGAAAUAUGGAAAGAACUGACCUGCUUAGAGAAAGAAGAAUUUCGCCUUCGAAAAGUUGGCUCUGGAAAUAUAGAAGAUUACAAAAGUCAACUUCAGGAAGACAGAAAAGAACUGCGGAAAAAGCAGAACUCUUAUGACAUGUCGACAGCUAUGACAUGCUUCAUCAAUGCAAUAUCAAGCCCAGGAACAGAGAGGUUUUAUUUCCUGAAAUGGAUGCGAAUGAACCUGGACAACAUGUCGCGGAUAAAACUUUCUGAACUUCAGGAGAAAUAUAAAGAAAAAUGCAAGAACUCUGAGAACAAAGAGGAGAUCAAGGAGAUUGACAGACAAAUUUCCAACAGCUCACUGGGGACUGAACACUUCUUCCGUGAAAUGGGUCAGAUCUAUGAAGCCUCACUGUCCCUUCCACAAAGAGACCCAUCACGUCAACAGCUGCAGCAUCUGCCCAAACUGUGUGCAGAGUUGUUGCUUGAUGGAUUUCCUCUUGAGCUUGUAGAUGGAGAUGCAUCCAACAUCCCUCUCAGAUGGGUGAGUGAUGUUCUCUCUCAGCUCAGUGACUUGGUGUCUCCAAACAGAAAGAUCCUGGUAGUCACAGUUCUUGGAGUUCAGAGCACAGGAAAGUCCACUCUCCUUAACACCAUGUUUGGAGUGCAGUUUGCAGUCAGCAGUGGUCGAUGUACUCGAGGUGCCUUUAUGUUGCUCAUCAAAAUCAACGAAGACAUGAAAAAAGUCCUAAACUGUGACUUCAUGAUGAUCAUUGACACUGAGGGCUUAAAGUCACCAGAACUUGCACAACUGGACAACAGCUAUGAGCACGACAAUGAGCUUGCUACACUUGUUAUAGGGCUGAGUGAUGUCACCAUUGUUAAUAUUGCAAUGGAGAAUUCAACUGAAAUGAAGGACAUCCUACAAAUAGUUGUGCAUGCUUUUCUCAGGAUGAAGGAGGUGGGCAAAAAGCCGAGAUGUGUUUUUGUUCACCAGAAUGUGUCCGAUGUUUCAGCCCAUGAGAAGAACUUAUGAGACAGGAAACUGCUCCUGGAACAGUUAAAUGAAACGACCCAGGCAGCAGCCAAAAUGGAAAAGAAAGAGGAGAACAAGAGCUUCACUGAUGUGAUGGAGUACAGUCCAGACACUGGGAACUGGUACAUUCCUGGACUCUGGAAUGGAAACCCACCAAUGGCACCAGUCAAUGCAGGCUACAGUGAGGCUGUAUAUGAGCUCAAGAAAAACAUCAUCCAACUGCUGGGAAACUGUGAGUCAUCUGCUAAUGAUGUCAUGGAGUUUAAAGAGUGGGUGAGAAGCCUGUGGACUGCAGUAAAACAUGAAAACUUCAUCUUCAGCUUCAAAAACAGCCUAGUAGCUGAUGCAUACAUGAGACUCUGCACAGAAUUCAACAAAUGGGAGUGGGAAUUCAAAAAAGAAAUGUGCACCUGGGUAACAAACGCAGAAAAAAGAAUUUCCAAUUUUGGUACAAUUGCUGUAAAUCUGAAUCUUCUGACAUGAGAGAAUUUCUCACAUGUUUGAAAAGUGAAGCCUCCACAGAGCUGUCUACAUGGGAGAAAGAGUUUCUAGAUAAUCUGACACAGUACUUCAAGCAAACAGCGGGUCAUGUUUAUCUGGUUGAAGGAUAUAAAGAGGAAUUCUUAAACAGUGCAAAGAGGCUUCAGCGUGAAAUGAAGAGAUCCGUUUUUAAUCAGAUCACAGCAGCAGCAGAAAACAGACAGGGGAUGACAGAAAUUGAUAAAAUCAAAGAAAAUCAUGCACAAGAGAUUGAAAAGGCAGUUCAUGUGUUAAUAGAUACAUGCAGAAAGAAAAAAGUCCAGAUGACAGACAAAGAGCUGGACGAAGAGUUUGAUAAGAUGUGGAAUGAAACACUGAAGAAACUUUUUUUUUUCUGAACAAAAGAUCACAAAUGUCUUCACCAACGUAUCUCACUGCCUGAGAAUCAAUCUGUCACACAGGGGGAGUCAUGCAUGUGAAUUAUUAAGUC